GGCAAACCUAGGCCCAUUCUAUUUUCAUACGUUUCUGACAACUGGUGAUUUUUCAAUAGUAACAGUCCAUACUUGAUCUAGAAGUGUACUACCAUAGAUAAAAUUUUCUUCUUUGCUUCUAUAUAUAUAUAAAUACCUAUAGUGGAACCUGAAGCUACCAUGCUUCUUCCACUUUCUACCACUAGAUUCACUGCUAUAUGCCAGAAGAAUAUCAUUCAUGGCAGUAAAGGAAAUUAGCAGCACAAGGAACCAAAAUAGUACUCAUCAGCAUCAAGAACAAGAAGGGUGUGAUCCGUGCAAGUCUUUUGGCCAAAAGUGUAGUCACUUGGUCAAGAAACAGCGUGCAAAAUUCUACAUUCUUCGCCGUUGCAUCGCCAUGCUUUUGUGUCAUCAUGAGCGUUCUGAGCAUUGAGAAGCAAACCAAGGUAGAUGCAAGAAGUUAAGAUUAAGACUAAUUAAUUUAAGAGCUAGGAGAUUAAUGUUGCAUUAUUAUCUUUUUAUUUAUUUUAUUUUGUAUUAUUAUUAUUAUAAGGUUGUAACAUAAUGAGGGUAUUAUGUCAUACUGGAAAUUGUUGGUUUAUAAUUUUUGUUAUAGGAUUUGCAUUUAUGUGUAAAUUACAUGCAGCUGCUAACAUGUGAAAGAGAUUAGAUCUGUUUCAAUUUUCACAACUAUUGAGUAGAUCUUCUUUUUCAGAUGCUAUAAGUAUGUCUUUGAAACUCACACUAAUGUCAUUUUCUUUUAUUA